CGGCAGAGGCGAGUCCCGGAGCCGUCAGGGGAGGCCCGGCGGAGAGCUGCGGCUGCUCGGGUGGGAAGCCGCGGGGCGUGCCAUGGCGGCGAACCUGAGCCGGAACGGGCCGGCGCUACAGGAGGCCUACGUGCGGGUGGUCACCGAGAAGUCCCCGACGGACUGGGCUCUCUUUACCUAUGAAGGCAACAGCAAUGACAUCCGUGUGGCUGGCACUGGGGAGGGUGGCCUGGAGGAGUUGGUGGAGGAGCUCAACAGCGGGAAGGUGAUGUAUGCCUUCUGCAGGGUGAAAGAUCCCAACUCUGGUCUGCCAAAGUUUGUCCUCAUCAAUUGGACAGGUGAGGGUGUGAAUGAUGUCCGGAAGGGAGCAUGCGCCAACCACGUCAGUACCAUGGCCAACUUCCUGAAGGGGGCCCAUGUGACCAUCAAUGCACGAGCCGAGGAGGACGUGGAGCCUGAGUGCAUCAUGCAGAAGGUAGCCAAGGCCUCUGGGGCCAACUACAGUUUCCACAGAGAAAGCAGCAGCUUCCAGGAUGCAGGGCCCCAGGCUCCAGUGGGAUCUGUAUACCAGAAGACCAAUGCUGCAUCUGAGAUCAAGAGAGUUGGCAAAGAUAGCUUUUGGGCCAAAGCUGAGAAGGAGGAAGAGAACCGUCGGCUGGAGGAGAAGCGAAGGGCUGAUGAAGAGCACCAGCGGCUGGAACAGGAACGCCGGGAGCGGGAGCUGCAGGAGGCUGCUCGCCGGGAACAGCGCUACCAGGAACAGCAAAGCAAGGCCAGCUACCAAAGGAUGUAUGAGCAGCAGCAAGAAGCAGGUUCAAGGGACAGAGAGGAGCAGGAGUCUGCUGGUCAGCGGGCCACACACCCAAGGGAGAUUUUCAAGCAGAAGGAGAGGGCCAUGUCUACCACCUCUAUCUCCAGCCCUCAGCCAGGCAAGCUGAGGAGCCCCUUCCUGCAGAAGCAGCUUACCCAACCAGAGACCUCCUUUGGCAGAGAGUCAGCUGCCACUGUUUCAAGCCCCAGAGCAGAUGUUUGUGAGGAGCCAGUGCCUAGCACUCCAUUUAUGGUGCAGGCAGAAGAGGAAGCCACAUAUGAGGAGCCCCCGGAACAGGAGACCCUCUACGAAGAGUCCCCACUGGUGCAGCAGCAAGGUGCCAGUGCUGAGCUCAUUGACCACUACGCUCAAGGCCGGGGGCUCAGUGGGCAAGGGUUGUGUGCCCGGGCUUUGUACGACUAUCAGGCAGCUGAUGACACAGAGAUCUCCUUUGACCCUGAGAAUCUCAUUACGGGCAUUGAGGUGAUCGACGAAGGCUGGUGGCGAGGCUAUGGGCCUGAUGGCCACUUUGGCAUGUUCCCUGCCAACUAUGUGGAGCUCAUUGAGUGAUCCUGAGGUCCAUCACCUUUACUUACCCAGAUGUGGCUUUCCGAUUGCUGGAGGAAGAGGCCCAAGAGUCAACGUCUCCAAUGAGGAUAAAGCCUCAGGGCUCCUUCUGGCCCAGAUGGCUCAUCCCAAAUGCAGCAAUAACCUGGUGGUUCCCAAACAUGCUUCCUGCAGCCUGUCAGGCUCACCUGUGGUCAGCUCCUGGGUGAACUGCCCAAAGACAGCGGCCAUACGAAUAGAGGGCUGAGCAGAGCAUCCGGAAGCUGUCUUCUUUCUGCAUUUGCCUUUUCUAACUCAUCUCUCCAUUGUCUAAGGGGUGGUGGUUAUAGCUAUUUGAAUGGGACCUGGGAACUUAAAGAGAGUUGCUUUUAGGAGUGUCUAUAAUCAGAAUUGCAGUGGACCGUAACAGUGUUAACAGCAGGGGCCUUCCCUGCCCCACCCCAGUUCUCUGCUUCUGGGUGUGUGAAAAAGCUAAGGCCGUCUGUGCCCUUCUGUGUGUUUCACCCUGUGUCUGCUGCCCUAGGGUACAUCUCAACUGAGUUUUGUUUCAGGAGAAAGAACACAGUGAUAUAUUCCUGCUAUCUUCCCAUUUUCUGUCCCAACCCACCUAUGUCUCUGAAGAACAAAUUGAAGUACAUUUGAGUCCACAGGCUCAGCUAUGCUCUUCACUACUAUGGUCUGAAUACUCCCAUGUGGAACACACACACAUGCACCUACAUCUGAAUUGUGUCCGGGGAGUGUACAUGUGUAGUCUACAUCUGUGGCCCAGCCACAUGUAAGAGAAACAGGAUGUAGCUGAA